AGGGCUCCCCCCGGGCUCCGGUCCCGGCUGCAGCCCUCCUCCCCGGUGCAUCUCUCCGCCCGGGCUCCGGCUGCAGCUCUUCUCCCCCGUGCAGCUCUUCUCCCCCGUGCAGCUCUUUUCCCCGGCUGCAGCCUUCCUCCCCGGUUGAGGUCUCCUCCCGGGCUCCGGCUGCAGUUCUCCUCCCGGACCCCAGCUGCAGCUCUUCACCCCGGCUGCAGCCCUCCUCCCCGGUGCAGCACUUUUCCCCGGCGGCAGCUCUCCUCCCGGUGCCCGGGUGCAGCUGUCCUCCAGGGCUCCAGCUGCAGCUCAUCUCCCGGCUGCAGCCCUCCUCCCCGGUGCAGCUCUUCUCCCCGGCUGCAGCCCGCCUCCUCCCCGGGCUCCGGUCCCGGCUGCAGCCCGCCUCCUCCCCGAGCUCCGGCUGCAGCGCUCCAGCUCCAGAUUCCUCCUCUUCCUUCAGCGGCUGUCGCCGGCCCAGAACAAUCGAUCAUGACUACUGAAUCUGGAUCAGACUCUGAAUCUAAACAGGACCAAGAACCAAAGCACCAAGAGACAUCCGCUGGUCCUCAGGGUGAAGCUGGGGCUCUUCAGCAGCAGCCACAACAGCAGCAACAGCUCAGUGACGAGCAUCAGCAAGCUUUGGAGCAGUUUUCUGCUGCAGCAGCCCACAGCACUCCAGUGAAAAAGGAGGUCACCGACAAGGAACGGGAGUUUGCUGCUGCUGCUGCAAAACAGCUCGAAUAUCAGCAGUUUGAAGACGAUAAGCUUUCUCAAAAAUCCUCUUGUAGUAAACUCUCUCGAUCUCCUCUGAAGAUUGUCAAGAAACCUAAAAGCAUGCAGUGCAAAGUGACCCUUUUGGAUGGAUCAGACUAUUCCUGUGAUGUGGAGAAACGCUCCAGAGGCCAAAUUCUGUUUGACAAAGUAUGUGAACAUCUGAACCUGUUAGAAAAAGACUACUUUGGACUAACGUACCGAGAUGCUGAAAACCAAAAGAAUUGGCUGGACCCUGCUAAGGAAGUCAAAAAACAGAUCCGAAGUGGUGCUUGGCAGUUUUCUUUCAAUGUGAAGUUCUACCCGCCAGACCCUGCUCAACUAUCCGAAGAUAUCACCAGGUACUACCUCUGCUUGCAGUUGCGAGAUGACAUCGUUUCAGGAAGACUGCCAUGUUCUUUCGUUACCCUUGCGCUACUGGGCUCAUACACUGUUCAGUCUGAACUUGGAGACUACGAUCCAGAUGAAUGUGGCAGCGAUUAUAUCAGUGAAUUCCGUUUUGCACCAAAUCAAACAAAAGAACUGGAAGAUAAAGUCAUUGAGUUGCACAAGAGCCACAGGGGAAUGACCCCAGCUGAAGCAGAGAUGCAUUUCUUGGAAAACGCCAAAAAGUUGUCCAUGUAUGGAGUAGACCUGCAUCAUGCCAAGGAUUCUGAAGGAGUGGAAAUCAUGCUGGGGGUUUGUGCCAGUGGUUUACUGAUCUAUCGAGACCGUCUCCGAAUAAAUAGGUUUGCCUGGCCCAAGGUUCUGAAAAUUUCGUACAAAAGGAACAACUUUUACAUCAAAAUCAGACCAGGAGAGUUUGAACAGUUUGAAAGCACCAUUGGAUUUAAGCUGCCGAACCACCGAGCUGCAAAGCGUUUAUGGAAAGUGUGCGUGGAGCACCAUACGUUUUUCAGACUCUUGCUUCCGGAAGCACCGCCAAAGAAAUUUCUGACCCUGGGGUCCAAAUUCCGCUACAGUGGAAGAACACAAGCCCAGACCAGGAGGGCCAGCGCACUGAUCGAUCGCCCCGCACCUUAUUUCGAGCGAUCUUCUAGCAAGCGUUAUACCAUGUCCCGCAGUUUGGAUGGGGCAUCAGUGAAUGAAAACCAUGAAAUGUACAUGAAGGAUUCUAUGUCUGCUGCAGAGGUUGGUACGGGGGUGUACACCACAACAAAGGGCAUCUCUCAAACCAACUUGAUCACCACUGUGACGCCGGAGAAAAAGGCUGAGGAAGAGCGAGACGAGGAAGCGGACAAGAGGAAAAAGGGAGAAGAGGAAGCCGCCCCAGUCUUGGCAGUUCGGCCUGAGGCAAAGUCACCCUGGCUUGAACCCGAAUCAUUUCACUCCUCUCCUCGCUCACAUAACGGUCCACCCGCACCAUCAGCAGAGCUCCGUAGGAGAUGUAAGGAGAAUGCUCAAAAACUCUUAGCUUGUGAUCCAUCCACAGACACCGUGCCCAGCCACGGUGAGGGGGAUUUGCCACCCCCCACCAGGAAAGGGAACGUGUAUUCGGGGGACCAAGAUGCGGCUUUUAGCUACAAGCAAAAAGCGAGCAACCACGGGACGCUGUUUUCCUUCUCCUUGCAACUCCCCGAGUCCUUCCCAUCUCUUCUAGAUGACGAUGGGUAUCUGUCUUUCCCCAACCUUUCCGAAACCAACUUCCUCCCCACCAGCCUGCAGCAUUACCUUCCCAUCCGAUCGCCAUCGCUCGUGCCCUGUUUCCUCUUCAUCUUUUUCUUCCUGCUGUCCGCCUCUUUCUCAGUGCCCUGUGCCCUCACUCUCUCGUUCCCUCUGGCUUUGUGCCUCUGCUACCUGGAGCCCAAGGCGGCCUCCUUGAGCGCAUCACUUGACAAUGACGUGAAUGACAGUUCAGAGGAAGAGACGGACAGCGAGCAGACGGACACUGCAGCCGAUGGUGAAACCACUGCCACUGAGUCGGAUCAGGAGGAAGAUGCCGAACUCAAGGCCCAGAAUAGUCUGAUUAAGCGAAUAAAGGGUGAAAAUGUGUAUGUCAAACAUAGUAAUCUUAUGUUAGAGGAGCUAGAGAAGAACCAGGAGGACCUGAUGAAGCAUCAGACCAAUAUAAGCGAGCUGAAACGCACCUUCUUAGAAACCUCCACGGACACCGCUGUCACUAACGAGUGGGAGAAGAGACUUUCUACAUCUCCCGUGCGACUUGCCGCCAGACAGGAGGACGCGCCCAUGAUUGAGCCACUUGUGCCUGAGGAGGGCGCAGAGGAUUGGGUUAUUGUAGACAAAAUACCCUCUGAGGUAGUUGGUGGUGAAUCGAAAAGCAUUGUGACUUACAAGGUGAUGACCCUAAGCGGUAAAGCCGAUGAUAUCUCAGCUGAAAUAUUCAAAUCCGAUGCCCUGGAAAUGCAGAGCUUUGAUGAUUUGACGAGCGAAAUGAGAUUGAGAGAAGAGAUUAAACAGAAGAUGUACACUUUAGGCAAGUCCUACGAUACCGUGUCCGGAAAAAUCGUCACCAUGACGGGCAAAGCUAAAGAGGGUGAAAAGACUAUUCAGACGUCCUCCCGAGAAGCCCUCCAGAAGUUGGAACGGAGCAGGUACGAUUCUGCUAAGACCACUCCGGUCAUGGCGGAGUUUGAGAUCCUGGAAGUCAUCUCUGACGACAAGUCCAAGAGAGGAGCUGAGAUCCAGAGCUCGAAAAGGAAAUUGUCAGAAUCAUUGGCCACCAUAAAAGAAGCAGAAUCUCGGCUGCAGAGCCCAGAAGAUGAGAGCGCGAAGAAGGCUCAGAGGCUCGACCGGGAUCUGGAGUUCCGUAGCGGGCUGGGCACUGUCCACUUCACCAGGAUGGAGCAGACGAAGGAUGGCGAGUCCCUGAAAGAGGCAGCCUUCGGGCAGAAAGAGAAGAGCCCAUCUGAAUGGAGAUACUCCCGGGAGCCCUUCACCGUGGCAACUGCCCAUUAUGUAACUGAGUCGUCUGCCUCCCGAGUCGUGACUAAGCAAUCCUCCGGUGAGAAAGUCAUGGAUGGUUCAGAUAUCUUCAGUUUAAUAGAGUCUGCGAGGAAACCAACAGAAUUCAUAGGCGGGGUCACUACUUCAUCACAGAACUGGGUUCAGAGAACGGAAACCACGACGGGGUCCGGUGAAACAAAGAUCGAAACAACCCAGCAACACCAGCAGCUGAUCGGGGAGAAGGUGGUGCGGGAAACGGUGGUGGUAGAAGAAAGACACAUGAUGAACGUGCCUGCAAGCGGCGAUGCUUCCUCUCUGGUCCUGGAUGGUUUGGAUGCUACCACCCAGGCUGGCGCUCCUAGCAUUGAUGGGAAAGAGGGCCCAGUGCCGACUGAGGGGGCUAAAGAGGAGACAAAAAAGGAGGUCGAGAGAGCUGCCCUAAGACCAGAAGAGAUCCCUGCCGCUUCUCCUGAGCAAGUGGCAGAGCCGAGUGCGGCAGCCCCGGUUUCUGAAACGUCGGACCAAAGACCUCAUUUUGAGUCGUCCACUCUGAAGACCGAAUCCGUCACCUUUGGCAGCGUUUCUUCGGGUGGAGUAAAGCUAGAGAUUUCCACCAAGGAAGUGCCAGUAGUUCAUACAGAAACAAAAACCAUUACGUAUGAAUCAUCGCAGGUUGAUUCCAGUGUUGAUUCUGAACCAGGAGUAUUGAUGAGUGCCCAGACUAUCACAUCAGAAACUACCAGCACUACAACUACCACGCAUAUCACCAAAACUGUGAAAGGAGGCAUUUCCGAGACGAGAAUCGAGAAGCGGAUAGUCAUCACGGGAGACGCGGAUAUCGACCACGACCAGGCGCUGGCUCAGGCAAUUAAAGAGGCCAAAGAGCAGCACCCUGACAUGUCAGUGACCAAGGUAGUGGUACACAAAGAGACAGAGAUCACCCCAGAAGACGGAGAGGAUUGACGGCAGGAAUAAUUUAGCUGGCACAUGAAUCCAGUCACGCCCACAGUUAGGAAAAAAACAAACAAAAAACCCUCUGCUGAAAAUGGAGCCCCAGGUCCUACCCCGACUGACUCGUAUCUUUCCGUGGACAGUUUCAAUCCAGAAGAAUUGAUCUUGGCCGUUCCGUAAAGACACUGCAAAGCGAUUUUCCCAUACUAAAGCAAUCCGAUACAGCAUCAGUAACCCAAUAUUGCAUGAAGCAACGAUUAAAAUGACAAAAAUGGCAUUUUUAAUUUUCAUCAGACGUCUUAGUUUUCAGCUAUACCUGCACGUUCAUAACCAACAAUAUAAACCGUGAUCUCAUGUAACACAUAAACGAUCCAUGCCUUUCACAGUUCAUUAUUAAAGUUGGAACAAAUUACAAUUUGUUAGGUGGCAAACCUUUUGUUUACAGAUAAAUGAAAAUUACCCUAAAAUGCUAGAAGCUGUAUAGAUGCGGUGUAUAAUGUUUUAUCACAUAAUAGAUGUGCCAAUAACACAGUUUAUUCAGUCAACGACUUGAAUCUUGUAUUUGUUUCAUCCGGUUUUAUUACAGUUGCCCCAUAACCGAUGGGGAAUCCCUGAUCCUCUGGCGAUAUUUAGUGCUUACAAAAUGUGCUUUGUAUCCCUGAUUUAGUACCUUAUAAAAUCACAAUGGAUUUAGAAUUUUCCACUGAUUUUCUUUUUCAGUUGUUGACACUGUUCUGUGUUAAAUCCAGAAAGUUUUCCAGCCAGUCUUCAGAAGUCACUGAAUCUGUAAAUUGUGUCAUUUUAGGGGGGCACGGGAGGGGGGCAGAACGCCUGUUUUUUCCUUAGUUUACAACAUUACAAAGCUUUUACUCUGGAAUAACCUUGUUGGUUUAUGGGGUUUUUUUAUUGAUUUUUCCUCCUGUUAUUUGAAAAAUAUGCUUCAUUUCAAAAUCUGGUUGACAUUUACGAUUUAGUUCAGAGCCAAGCCUUAAACUGUACAGAACUUCCACUGUAAACGAUUUAGUGUUGAGUUCGAACUCUCCAUUGACAAGGAUGUGUUCUCCGUUCUACUGUCGAUUGCAUCACAAUACAUGGUGAAUGUAUGUUCCUGCAUAGCGAAAUAAAAGUGAUAAAAGCAUUCCAAUGGG